AUGAUGAAUGUUGAUGAAAUGCCCAAGCUUUCUAGUGAUAAUCCAGCAUCACGUAGCACAAGAGGCUCAGGGAGCAGAGCAAACGGGCUUUGGGGAACGACAUCAGCAGGGGACUGGUUGCCAGUGACCAGCCAUGUUGGGGAUUCUUCCUCAUCCACAUCUCCUUUGCUCAGCAGCACUCAGACAGGACGAUCCACAUCAGCCACACCAAGCUUGGUGAAACAAUUGAGGAGAACUCAAGGAGAACAGCAAGAAGCCUUGAAGGGUGACCAGGUCCAACAGGACAAGAUCUGGAGAGAGUUAGUGGAUGCUGAAAGAAGGGCAACCAAAUACUGGUAUCAGAACUGGAAUUUCCUAAAGGACUAUGAUCCAAUGGGCGAGAAAAAAGAACACAAGCAGCUUCCUGAGUACGUAUCAGUAUUUUCAGACAAAAUUCCCAACACUAAUGGCCACAUUAUCGGCAGUCAAAUGAACACUGAUCUUGGCAAAACUCUGGUAAAAAUGGACUACUUCUUCAACUAUGGAAGAAGAAAAGACAGACUUGGACAGGAACUCCAGCCUUCAUAG